CAAUUCCGAAUCCAGAUGGCGCAGGUGGUGGCGGCGGCGGGCGCGGCGGGAGCGGCCAGGCCGCUCGGCGGCGCAUCCGGGGCCGAUUCGCUACGGCCCGCGGCGAGGCUGCCCUUCGGCCCGCGCGACGCGAGGGAGAGGUGGAGCGGGAGCGUAGCCUCGAGGGGUCGACGCGAGCAUCCGGUCGCCUCGGUGAUUAGCGCCGACGCCGAGGUGCUGCCGGUGUCGCCUGACGACGACGCGGUCGUCAAGGAAGAAGAAAAUUUCCAGCAUCUUAAGGCUAUACAGCAACUAGCAACAGCAGCCAAUGGUGUGUGGUCUAAACCAAAUGUUAGGCGCAAGACAAAGAUUGUGUGCACAAUUGGUCCCUCAACUAACACGAAAGAGAUGAUCUGGAACCUUGCUGAGGCUGGCAUGAAUGUGGCUCGGCUUAAUAUGUCACAUGGAGACCAUGCAUCACACCAGAAAGUUAUCGACUUGGUGAAGGAGUAUAAUGCUCAAACGAAGGAUAACGUGAUUGCGCUUAUGGUUGACACCAAGGGUCCGGAAGUUAGGAGUGGAGAUUUGCCUCAGCCUAUAUUCUUGGAAACCGGCCAGGAAUUCACCUUCACAAUUAAGAGGGGGGUUGGGACUGAGACAUGUGUUAGUGUUAACUAUGAUGACUUUGUUAACGAUGUAGAAGCCGGUGACAUGCUCCUUGUGGAUGGAGGAAUGAUGUCAUUUCUGGUCAAAUCAAAAACCGAAGAUUCUGUAAAAUGUGAAGUUAUUGAUGGAGGUGAAUUAAAAUCCAGGCGUCACCUGAAUGUCCGUGGCAAGAGCGCAACCUUGCCAUCAAUCACUGAUAAGGAUUGGGAUGAUAUUAGGUUUGGAGUGGAAAAUCAGGUUGACUACUAUGCCGUUUCUUUCGUCAAAGAUGCUCAAGUUGUGCAUCAAUUGAAGGAUUAUCUCAGAAGCUCGAAUGCGGAUAUACACGUAAUUGUGAAAAUUGAAAGUGCAGAUUCUAUUCCAAACUUACAUUCAAUCAUUACGGCAUCUGAUGGGGCUAUGGUUGCCAGGGGUGAUUUGGGGGCUGAACUUCCUAUCGAGGAGGUACCUUUGCUGCAGGAAGAAAUUAUUAGAAUGUGCAGAAGCAUGGGAAAAGCUGUCAUUGUCGCCACUAAUAUGCUGGAAAGCAUGAUCGUUCAUCCAACUCCAACCCGAGCAGAAGUUUCAGAUAUUGCUAUAGCUGUUCGGGAAGGUGCUGAUGCAGUUAUGCUUUCUGGGGAAACUGCACAUGGAAAAUUUCCCUUGAAAGCUGUCAAGGUCAUGCAUACUGUUGCACUAAGAACUGAAGCAACUAUUACUGGCGGGGAAACACCGUCUAACCUUGGUCAGGUGUUCAAGAACCACAUGAGCGAAAUGUUUGCCUACCAUUCAACAAUGAUGUCCAAUACACUUGGUACAUCAAUUGUGGUCUUCACAAGGACGGGAUUUAUGUCUAUCCUACUUAGCCAUUACCGCCCAUCUGGCACCAUAUUUGCCUUCACAGACCAGGAGAUAGUUAGACAACGAUUGGCUUUGUACCAAGGUGUAUGUCCAGUUCACAUGGAAUUUUCUGAUUGUGCUGAGAAGACAUUUGGUGAUGCUUUAUCUUACUUGCUGAAGCAUGGUAUGGUGAAGGAAGGUGAGGAGGUUGCACUGGUUCAAAGUGGCAGACAACCCAUCUGGAGGUCGCAGUCCACCCACAAUAUUCAGGUUAGGAAGGUUUGAUGAGGAAUUCCCAUUUACGCAAAGGUCCGGUUAUGAUGCCAUGCCGGCAUCAGGUUACUGUCCUUGAGCCAUGAGCUCGGUAGCAUGUGUACUAGAUUUGUUGUUUGAGAGCGAGUGUUGUGAUUCUGUUCUCUCUUGCUGUUUACUACUCUUGUGUGUAAAAUGAUUCGGACCAAUCAUUUUCUCCGUCUGCUUUUUAGCUGUAGGGUUCUUUAUUUUGUAAAACAAUUUAAUGUAUUAAUAGAUGACAUGGACUUGUUCGACAGAAA